CCGGCGAUAGAUGCCUUUGGUCACGCACUGAUGAAACAGUUCAACAAACUUUCUGAGAAUGUCUGGACGAAGUGGUUGUUCUCUGGCUCUAGUUCCCGCGGGUCUAAAAGAGAACCAUAUGCCUUGGUUUAUGUGACGCAUCAAGCCUAUCUCCGGAGAACCACAACCCUCCUUUCCCAUCCGAUUGCACUCUCACAUAAGAAGGGAUGCGCUCUAGGUGUCAGAUUUGUCCACGGUGCAUAUCAUCCACACGAGAUAUCGUCACACAAUGGCUCGUUACACACGAUGUCCACAUCAACUGACCCAGACUCCCCUGCACGCUCUUCUAAGGUGGAGACGGGUACAUGCUACAACAUGCGUGCUCCGGCUAUCGCGUGGGUCAUCGCUGAUAACAUCGGGCCAUCCCCGGCACAGCUGCCUCGUGUUGCCAAGAACAGAUUGGCGCAUGAAGAAGGUGGGGUAAGUGAGCCGCAGACGGUCGUUGUUCCGCAAGAAGUUGCGGAAAGAUGCACACUUGCCCAGCUUUAUGGCAAACACCUGCUGAAGCGUUCUACGCGCCUAUUGAUCACUGCCUACAGGUAUACAAGUUUCGUUGACAAGUCAUCUUAUGGUCCGUGCCACAAGCGCUAUACGUUUGCAAUGAAGCACACGCCAUACGACGAGCUAGCAACAUUCCUGUUGUCGAGUACUGUGAUGCUGUGGGAUUCCUCGUCGAUUAAACGACAAUGUGAAUCUCGAGCAUGA